CUUAAACUGCAAGACCUCCAUUAGGUUUCCCAUCGCUGUGGAUAUUUUGCAAACCUGAGGAGCUUCCCUCUCCCAUUCCUCCCUCCCUCUCCAGGUGGCCAGAAAGGCUUCUGCGUCAUGUGCAGGAUGGAAGUGCACGUUCAACAGGUCCUGCAUUCCUCAGCCAGUGCCAUCGAGCCUUGGGCUGUCGUCGAUUUUCUCACAGAAAUAGGAGAAAAUUUCCAGCAUGGCAGGCAGGAGGACGCCCACGAGUUCUUACGCUGCACCAUGGAUGCCAUGCAGAGAGCUUGUCUGAGAGGAAACAGCGACUUGGACAUGUCCUCUCAAGCAACCACCAUCGUCCAUCAGAUCUUUGGGGGCUUUCUGAGAUCCAGAGUCACAUGCUGGAGCUGCCAAGCGGUUUCCGAUUCCUACGAGGCCUUCCUGGAUGUUCCUCUGGAUAUCAAAGCAGCCGCAUCUGUCACCGCAGCUCUGGAAGACUUUGUGAAACCGGAGCACCUGGAUGGUGAAAACUGCUUUAAAUGUAGCAAGUAAGGCCAUUAUUGAUGAUGUAUUCA